AUGAUGACGUCACCGGCGUAUAUGGCGGAAAUAGGAUCACGAUCGCGACGAACGGAGAUCAAUUGGACUACGAUAUGCUGCUCAGCUUUCUCCUGUAUCCAUAUCUACUGGGCACGUCUUGUCCUCCGCAAAUGGUUCAACGUUUCUUCGACUGAAUCAGAUUAUAGCGCCGAUACUGACGACGAGAGAUUCACCGUUUCCGGCGAUCAAGCGGAAUUUGACCCACGUAGCUCUGGAGUAACGAAAGAUGUUGAUACUGAUGGUAAUAUUGCCCUAAGAUUAGAAGACGAAAUUCGGAAACUUUCAGGGUUCAGUAUAUGGACACCAAAGCAGUCAGCCAGAAUCUGUGCCGGGACAUGGAAUGUUGCAGGAAUAGUUCCACCUGCUGAUUUGGAUAUCGAUGGUUGGCUAGACACGCUUGAACCUGCGGACAUUUAUGUUCUUGGUCUUCAGGAAAUCGUUCCUUUGAAUGCCGUAAACAUUUUUGGUAUUGAGAAUGAUCAGCCUGCUUCCGAAUGGGAGAACAUUAUACGUGAUGCCUUAAAUCGAGUUCGACCUAGAAAGAUAAAGAUUGUAAGUCACAGUGAUCCUCCCUCUCCGUCAAAGUUUAAGUCAUCCAAAGAGGUCUCUUACAACGUACAAGAUAUGUUUGCUGAAACCAGUCAUGGUGAUAAGAAACCAAACUCUGGUGAAAGCAUUGACAGACCAAGCGUAGGUGAAGAUUCGCUUACUGAUAUAGACAUCUUGGGUUCUAGCAUUGACAAUGCAUCACCAAAUACGCAAGACCGGUCUCUCUCGAUGCAAAUUAAUAGUGAUUCCCUAAGGGAAGAAAGGUUUAGUUACAGUGGAAGAGUUGGUUUGAGCUGGCCUGGGCCUCCGUUAAAGCUGCUAAAUCAAUAUAUUUUGGAAAGAAGUGGCUCCUUCAAGCCAGUGAAUCUGACAAUCAAGAAUCUGAGAAAACCAUUGUAUGUACGGAUCGUGAGUAAACAGAUGGUUGGUGUGUUUCUCACCAUCUGGGUUCGGAGGAGCUUGCGCAAGCACAUAAGCAACCUUUGUGUGUCUACUGUUGGUGUUGGUAUUAUGGGCUACAUUGGUAACAAGGGGUCUGUAUCUGUGAGCAUGUCAAUCUAUCAAACACCGUUUUGUUUCUUGUGCACGCAUCUGUCAUCAGGGGAAAAAGAUACAGAUCACCAGAAAAGAAACGAUGAUGUACGUGAAAUUCACAGAAGAACGCAGUUUCUUCCAUCAGAUUCUUUAAAUGCCAAUGAGCUUCCAAGAAGCAUCCGUGAUCAUGAAAGAAUAAUCUGGCUGGGAGAUCUGAACUAUCGGAUUAACUUGUCGUAUGAAAAAACACACGAGCUCAUUGCAAGAAAAGAAUGGCAGAAGUUGUUAGAAAGUGACCAGCUUUCAAGAGAAAUGACAAAAGGGAAUGUAUUUGAAGGAUGGUCAGAAGGAACUUUAGAUUUCCCACCAACAUACAAAUACGAAAUCAAUUCAGAAAACUACAUCGGAGAUGAACAGGAAUCAGGAAAACGUAAACCGGCCUGGUAUUGUCUUUGUCUUCACACUCUCUGGCUACAACAUUAUUCCUGUAAUAAGCAUACAAAUCGGUGUGACCGCAUCAUUUGGAAUGGAAAAGGAAUAAAGCUUCUUAGUUACGUAAGGAAAGAGAUUAAACUGUCGGAUCACCGGCCUGUCACCGCCACGUUCUUGGCAGAGGUUGAGGUUUUGUCUCCACGGAAACUUCAGCGUGCGCUUGCCCUCACUUAUGCGGAGCUCCAAAGCCAAGAAGCUUUUACAGUCGCUUAA